AUGUCGUACGGCUACAGAGAACGCGAUCGCGAUCGCGAUUUCGACGACCGCGAGCAUAUUACCAUCAAGCGUUAUGUUGUUCCGUCAGAUGAGCGAGAUGACCGAAGAGAGUUUACCAUGAACCGAGAUGACUAUGCCGACCGAGAGCUAGUCAUUCGUCGCCACACCGACCGCGAAGAGCCAGUUUCAAUCCAACGCUACGAAAGAGAUGUCGAGUAUGACCCGCCAGUCCGACGCGUUGAACGAGAAUAUUAUGAGCCCCGCUACGUCAGCGCUCGCCAGUCCGAAUAUGAGGUAGACGAGGACUAUUACCGCCGUCGUGUGGUUGACGAUCGUCAUUCCCGGCGCGAUGUCAGUCCUGGUGAUUCCAUCUCACAAGCUGCUCGUCGCCGAGGCCGAAAUCGCGACGCCGAAUACAGCAGCGAUGAUGAGUACUACUACCACGAAGAGACACGAACUUAUGAUGGAGAUCGAGAUCACCCUCACCAUCGCCGACACCUGGCAGAAGGCGCUUUGGUUGGUGUUGGUGCCGCAGAGCUACUACGCGGCCACCGCAAGCGCGAAGGCGAAGAGGUUAGUCACGGUAUGAGCCACGCCAUAAAGACUGCCGGAGCGGGUGCCUUGGGUGCCGUAGCCGUAAAUGCAGCCUCGCAUGUUCGUGACUACUAUCGAAGCAAGAGUCGCAGUCGACACCGUUCUCACUCCUUUGAUGAUGAUCGUUCUCAUCGCUACAGCCACCACAGCGGGCGUCACAGCAAGCGCCACAGCCGCAGUCGCAGUCGUUCCAAGUCGCACUUCCGGGCCAAGACCCUAAUGGAAGUUGGUCUUGGUGCGGCAGCAAUCGCUGCCGGCGUUGCUGCUUUGAGAAAUAAUAAGAAGGGAUCUGAUGAACGCCGCAGUCGCUCGCGCACUCGUUCCCGUUCUCGUGCCGCUGGCUCCAGUACCGCUCCUACUGGCAGAUCAAGCUCCCGCAGCAUGUCUCAACGUCGAAAGCACAUGGCUGGCGCUGGUCUGGCCGGUGCAGCAGUUGCAAGCCUUGUUGAACACCACCGAAGCAAGUCUCGCUCUCGUAAGGGUGAACGUUCCCACAGUCGACUGAGAAAGGUCCUUCCGGUGGUUGCUGCAGGACUGGGAACUGCGGCUGCGACUGGUCUGUGGGAGAAGAACAAAGCUGAAAAGGGAGAGAAAGAAGGUGGCAGUGGUAGAAGUCGAUCCAAGUCCCGCUCUCGUGGAACUGGUGAGGUUUACCCCGAUCCCACCCGCGACUCAGCAGGUCUGAUUGAAUACGGCAAGGACCCCGUCACUGGUAGCAUUCCUGCCGAGCACUACUACGGUGCUCCCAACGGCGCAGACCGUGCUUAUUACUCAGACGGUCCAGAUUCCAGCCGGCGCCCGAGUCGCAGUCGAAGCCGCAGCCGUGGUGUCCGAUACAGUGGUAGCUCCUCCGGUUCAGACAAAGACUCGCACCGCCGACGCAGAAAGCACCGCAGUCGUUCACGGGACUUGGCAGGUGCAGCACUAGGUGCCACUGGUUUAGGAUAUGCAGCACACAAGUAUUCCCAGUCUCGAGAGCGCAAGAAGGCUGAGCAGCGAGAGCGAGAGCAGGAGCAGGAGCAGGAGCGGACUCGAUUUGAGGAACCUGCUCGCCGUGAUACAGGUGGCUUUACUGAGUCUCCUACUGGUUAUGAGCCAGCAGCGUACUCGCCUUCUCCGGCAGCCAACUUUCAGCAUCCUCAAGACAACUAUUAUCCCAAUACCAAUAGCUUUCCUCCUCCCCCAGCAUCAACUUCUAACCUGAAUGUCGCCCAACCUAAUUCUUACAACCCUGCGGAAUACCCACAGCCACCCGGCGCAGCACCUCAAGCAUACAACUAUGGAGCCCCUGGCCCAGGAACUGAGCAAUAUGCUCCGCGACCACGGAGGGCCGAUGAGAAUGUGAGUGCUCCAAGGGGUUUUACCAUCCCUACUGAUCCCCGUACGCGUGAUGGUCUAGCCCAAACUUAUCCGGAGAUGAACGUCGGGUCCAUUUUGCCAUUGAAUCCUCAACCCCCUCCAAGCCCAUUAUCCAAAUCCGUUUCCUUCCAGUCACAGUCUCCGGGUUCCACUCCGACUCCAAGGGCCCUUAGUGUCAGCUAUGCGACUGAUGACAUCGACUCUGGCCCCAAGUCUCAUUCCCCAUCUCAUCAUUAUCCCCGUCGACAGCGACGACGUUCUUCUUCUGUGCCCCAUUCCCAAUCCCCUGAUCAUGACACUAGCCAUACACAUGCCCAAUCGUCACAAAGCCGUUCAUCUAUUCCAACAGCUAUCCCAAAAUCACUAUCCAAAGUUCCAGAGACUGACUCUGACUCAACGAUUGAACUACCCCAACGCUUUGAUAAAAGUGGACGUCUUCUCGACGAUCAUGAAAAUCAUCACAGCACGACUUUACUUGAAGAUCUCAUUGACCAAGUCGGAAAGAUCUUCUCUUAG